GCACUCAGGUACACGAACGACCUCGAAUGGUGGUGGCUAAAGGAGGCACCUGCAGCCACAAGAGAAGCGUACCCUAUAGGCCCCGACAACACCUUUCGGUAUCCUGGGCGCCCUCAAGUGUCGGUGGAGACGCUAAGGGAUACUAUGGGUUCCCAACCCUCGCAGAAGGCGACCCCCAAGUCUUGCCAGUUCAGUAUCAGCGUGAGGCUUGCCACCUUCAACGCCAAGACAGGCAGGGACGCGGAGGCCACGGCGGCAAGGCGCGCCAAAACGUCGGGAGAGGUUCUCAGGCUGCAGUUUGCUCAAGAGCAGUGCCACAUCAUUGGGGUGCAGGAGGCGAGGAAUCCGUCGGGGGAGAGGUGUUCUGCUGGAUACUUUGUGCUUUCCUCGGGAUCCGAUGGUGGCAAGAACUUGGGUGUCGAGCUUUGGGUCUCACUGCACCUACCCUACGGGCGACGUGGGGGCGAGGAGCUUUUCUUUGAGCAGAAACAUUUUAGACCGUUGUACGCUACCCAGAGGCACCUGGUGGUUGGCUGUUGUGCCCCACUCUUUAGGAAGGUCAUCCUGGUUGCCCAUGCGCUGCACAACGGAGACGAGUAUACCUCGCAGCAGAGGAAACAGUGGUGGCGGGACCUCAUUGGGAUCUGCCAUAAAUGGAAAGUACAGUUGGCCUUCCUGGACGCGAAUGCCAGGCUCGGCAGCAUUGUGUCUGAGGCAGUGGGCAGCGAAGGAUUCAGGCAAGAUGAGGACGAAUCGGGCGGGCUGCUUCAUGACAUGCUCUUGGAGACGGGCUUAGCUGCGGCUAACACGCUAGUCCCCUCUCUCAGCAAGGACUCGUACACGUUUGUCUCGACGAAGUCUGAAACACCACACAGAAUAGACUACAUUGCGGUUGAGCAGGACAUGAUUCCCGCAUUGGGGCAACAUCAAGUACGAUAUGAUAUUGAUUCCUUUUGCACUGGCAAGGAUCAUUAUCCUGUCUUCAUGCGCUUCGAGUCCCAGGGCUCCACCAAAGCAGCGCAACAACAGAGCGGCUACGACGCUAGGGGCACCCAGGACCCUGAUAAGGCAGCAGCCUUCAGGAUGCACCUGGCAGCGUUUCCCACGGUACCUCACCAGGUCGACAUGAAUCAGCACUUGCACGACAUUAUUCAAUGCAUGUUCGUUGGUGCACAAGCUUGCUUCCCUAAGCCCGCACGUACUCCGAUCAGGCCAUAUGUCUCAGAGGCUCUUCUGGGCAUUAUCAUCUUCAGAAGGCAAGUACGGCAGGCGUGGCGUCUCUGGGGUAAGCAGGACUCUAAUGGGCUCAGGAGGCUGGUCGCCGCGGCGCUGGAGGCGGGGGCCCCCCAGAACAUCACCGAUCUCGAGCUGGACCUCCUGGUCUCUGGGCUUUUCCAGGCUUUCGCUGAGUGGGAUAAGCAGAUCUUGGCGGCAAGCGAGCUAGCCGCACACAUGCUUGAGUUCCUGGUCAAGUCGAAGCCGGCCCUGAGAAGGGCCUUGAAGCUCUCGCGCAAUGAACUGCUAGACGACCUUGCGCAGCAGUUGUGCAACGCUAGGUCCUCAAACGAGAGUAGAGUGGAGUGGAGAGUGCUGUACCAGCUGCAAAGGUUUGGGGGAAAGCGCUCCAAGUUCCAAGUCGACGGGCUUAGGAUACGACGAGGUUCUCAGGGCGAGGUUCUUGCCACAUCUGGAGAUCUCUCGGAGGCCCUCACUGAUUAUUUCACUGUGAUUGAGAAUGGGCAGGCACUCAGCUGGGAAGAACUGGUUGAGAGAUACAACUCCCUCCCUGAGCUGGGAAAUGUGUAUCCCAGGGAGUUGGACAUGAUCACCCCCUUCCGCAGGCUUAAGCACGACAUCAUGAAGGCAGCCAAGAGGAGAGGUGCUGGGCCUGACGGGCUAAGCAAUGAUCUUUUCCAGAUCGCUCCGCAAGAAUGCACGCAGAUAUUGCUGCCGUUGUUCGUGAAAGUUGACAUGGCGUCCAGGGAGCCCCUGCUGUUCAAAGGAGGUUGGCAAUGUGAUCUACACAAAUCUGGGUCCCCCGAACCCCUGGAGCACUACAGAGGCAUCCUGCUGGGAUGCCACACGGCGAAGUUGCACCAUGCCUUCCUCAGGAGUAAACUUCUAGAGGCAACGAUGAACAUGCUGUCGGUGGUCCAGCAGGGAGCUCUCCCUCAGCGAGGCACUGACAUUGCAUCCUUGCAUCUUCGGUCGGCCAUGUUGGCUGCCAAGGCUAGGAAGCGCACAUACUUGUCGCUGUACACCGAUCUAAAGGCGGCAUUCUACUCGGUCAUCCGAGGGUUCGUUGCCAGAAUGGCCCAGAGCAGUGAGGACAUCCAGAGCACGCUUACGGGCUUGGAGAUACCUAGUUGUCUGGAGCCCCUGUGCCAUGCCCUAGUCGCCAAGCCUGGAGCCCUAGACGGACUGAGAAGUAAGCACCUUCUGGAAGCAGUGGUUGACGUGAUGGAAUGCAACUGGUUCCAAGUGCGGGGGAGUACCAGGGUCGUCUCCCCCCGCCUUGGUACGAGGCCAGGCAUGCCACUAGCAGACCUCCUGUUCAUCAUAGCCUUCGACCCAAUCAUCAUCGCGGUCAACAGUAGAUUAGCAUCCCUGGGAUAUCUUCAGAGGACUAAGGAUGUGGUCCCGUCUCAGAGGAUUUUCAGAGGACGUGAUCACGCACAUGUAGAAGAAGACGUAUGGGAUCCUGCCUUCAUGGAUGACCUCGUCAACGGCAUCGAGCUGUUAGACGCUAGGCUCUGGAAGGAGGCGGCCAUCGCCCUCGUCACGAUCAUGUACGAAGAAACCAAGUCUAGGGGGUUCACCAUGAACUGGACGGCGGGCAAGACGGAGCUCAUGGCCUUCUUCAGUGGCACAGGUGACAUCCAGGACAGAGCGGAGAAGUCCAGUGCCAUGGUGGGCAUGAAUGUUUUUGUUUUGUCUAUUAAUAUUCGCGAGCGUUUUCAGGACUCCACUGGGGGACUCCAUAAGGAGCUAUCGCUCAUUAGUGAUCUCAUUCUUGCUGGGCGUGUCAUUAGACUCGUGGCGGAUUUCUUCCUUUCCUCGUGGGACCCCACCCCCCGCUGCAAAGUCAAGGGCGGUGAGUGCAGGCCUUUAAGGAGUUGCGAUGAGCCUUGGGGAAUUUCUGCCAGGUCGCCCUCGGAAUGGAAGCAGCUGGAGCUCGACAAUGCCGGUUUGAGGGCGGCACUGACGCUCGCGCUGUGCGCGGCGUCCUCGGGCCUAGCGGUGUUGCUCUUUCUAAACCCACCUGCUCCGCAAGCCAAUCUUCCCUGCAUGUGGAAGGUCCCCGAGGUCAGGUUCCUAUGUUCUCUGCAAGAUACGUCCCCGACGGUCACGUCGAGAUGUGAGCCCAUGGGGGACCGUCAGUGCCUGUGCAUGAAUGCCAUGCCGAUCAUGGCCCCUACUGACAGCAGCCAGAUCGAAGUCUACGCAGCUGCUGUCAUCACGCAG